CAGUAACAAAGCGUGGUGGCAAAAUUCUUAAUUGGAAUAAUUUGAACGAUCAUCAAUUUACAAAAAAACGUUCAAAUAAAUCAGCUGAUGAGUGGCGUUGUCGAAUUAGAAGUUGUAAUAGUAUAAUUGUAUUAGCUUGUGAUGCUUCGACAGUUAUUCAUCCAUCAACAGAUCAUUCACAUACACCAGAUCCAAUUCAAGCAAAAGUUGAUGAAUUCAAAAAUAUAUGCAAAAACCGUGCACGAGAAGAAACAACACGAAUAUCCCAAAUUCAUAAAGAAGAAUUAGUUAAAUGUAGUUUAAAAUACAAUGACGUAUCAUUUUUAGCAUCAUAUUCAACAAUUGAUUCAUCAUUUUAUCGUGUACAAUUAAGAAAUUAUCCAAAAUUACCAAAAUCAGUGUCAGAUCUUACGUUAACUGGGAAGUGGAGUACUGAUCUUCGUGACAAUGUUUUUAUUAUCAACGAUUUACGUGAAAGGGAUACAUAUUUAUUGGUAUUUGGUUCCAAAUGGGGUAUUGAAUAUUUAUCAGAAGUUGAUACGUGGCAUACGGAUGACGGUUACAUGAUACCAACAAUCUAUGCCUUAACAUCAGAUAAAAGGCGUAAAACAUAUGAACAAAUAUUAAGACAAUUACUGAACAAGCAAAUAAAUAUGGUAUUGUUGUUGAUACAGACAGGUGGUUUAACAUCGUAUUUAGAAGUUGGUGAUCCCAUAUGUACAGAAAGUUCAAUUAAUUGUUUGCAUAGUGCAAUUGGCUUAGCACUGAUACCAUUAAAUAUCCUUGGUAAAACAUGGGCUAAUAUUAUGCCAGAAUAUACAUCAGAUGAUCCGGCAGUCACAACAUUCAAUGAUUAUUUAGCAGAUACAUAUGUUGACGAUGACGCUAUAUUUCCAUCAUUUAUUCAAUUAUUACUGAUCAGCCGAGAACAAAUAAUCAUAUCGAAGAUUUUCACAAUCGAUUAA